CUCACUCACUCACUCCCAUCAAUCCUUUGAUACCAACGAUCUACUGUCAUCCUCGUUGAUUUGUCUUUCGAUACCCUUUCCAAGACAGUCACCCAACUUUCCGAUUCACCAUGCCUUUCACUGCUUCUGACGUCUGCAAGAUCAUCUUUGCGAUCAUCCUGCCUCCUCUGGGAGUUUUCCUCGAGCGCGGAUGCGGUGCUGAUCUGCUGAUCAACAUCUGUUUGACAAUCCUGGGUUGGCUGCCCGGUAUUAUCCACGCGCUUUACAUCAUUUUCAAGUACUAGACCGUCUGCUUGUCUAUCCAGCGUUCGACUACCCGGUUCAGUCGACCGGCAUUCUUCGUCCCACGAUUGUAAUUCCCAUAUAUUGGCAACCAUCAUCUCAAAUCGAUAAGAGGGGGCGGACCCGCGCUGUUGUCAGCAUUAAUUGUUCCGUGAGCUUCCGACCGGGUCUAGCCUAAUUUGAUGCCGCCAAUUACCCGCCUGCUCCUGCGCGCUGCUGGUUCCUAUCUAUUCCGUGAAGGGAGAUGCCAUGCUGAAACACAAUUGCGCCGGGGUCGGAAUGUUUUCUAUCUUAUUUCCCUAUGUCUCUGAUGGCCGUUUUCUUCUGUCGCUUCUUUUCUUUUCGAUGAUACCAGCUCAUUGUGACACUGGGCUUUGCUUGUACCGUUGGCAAUGAUCAGCUUCUAAUGAUUAAUGGCAAUUUUUAAACUACUUUUCAAGACC